AUGACAGAGACUGAGAGCGCCCCAGCCGCAGCUCCUCCAGCGGAGGCCGCCGCCAAGAAGAAGCUGGCUAAGAAGGUGGCAGCUGGAGGAGCCAAGAAAGGUAUCAAGAAGGUGUCCAGUCCCGGCGUGUCCGAGCUCCUCGUCCAAGCUGUGUCUGCUUCCAAGGAGCGCAGCGGGGUGUCCCUGGCCGCCCUCAAGAAGGUCCUGUCCGCCGGAGGAUACGAUGUGGACAAGGACAAGAGCCACCUGAAGAUCGCCCUCAAGGCGCUGGUGACUAAGGGGAGCCUCGUCCAGGUCAAAGGCCAUGGGGCCUCCGGAUCGUUCAAGAUCAACAAGAAGCAGCCCGAGGGCACCAAGGACAAGGCAAAGCCCAAGAAACUGGCUGCCAAGAGCCCCAAGAAGGCCACCAAGUCCUCUAAGAAGAAGGCGGCCAGCAAAAUAACCACUGCAGCCAAGAGACCAGCAAAGGCUGCAGCCAAUGGUGCCAAGCCGAAAAAAAAAAAAGCUGCCAAGAGUCCCGCUAAGGCCAAGCCAGCAGCUAAGGCGGCGGCUAAGCCCAAGAAGGCCGCUCCGAAGAAGAAAUAA